AUGAUUAACUACGUAGCUACAAAGCUUCGCAAUUCCAGUUCUAGCAGGAAAUGGCAUUCUCGCUUUACAAAAUCACCUCGAGCCGAUAUUUCUUUCGCACUACCGGAGGUACCAGAGCACCGAACGCGCAUUCCGCGUCUCAGCGAGGCGCCCGUGCAGACCAGCGGGUCAGAGCUCCGCGCACGGUGUGCCCGGUGGGCAGCGCUCCCCAGUCCAGCGCCCCGCGCCGGGGGAAGCGCCGCCGGACGGGGUGUCCGAGGGGGCGGAGGAGCCCUCCCGAGCCGCGGCGGGGCCCCCGCGGCACCCCGCGACUGGGACGUCUUCAGGUGCCGCAAAUGCCAGGGCUUCCUCUUCGAGCCCGUUUCCUUGCCUUGCGGACACACGUUCUGCAAAAAGUGCCUGGAGAGGGACCGGGCGCCCGAGUCCCGCUGCGUCCUGUGCAAGGAGGCGGGCGGCGCGGCGGCCGGGCAGCUCCUGCGGGUCAAUGUCAUCCUCAGCAACCUGCUGACCAAGUGGUUCCCCUGCCAAGUGAAGGCUUCGCAGCUCCGGCACGAGGGGAACCUCCUCUACAAGGAGAAGAAGCUCCAAGCCGCCCUGCAGAAGUACAACGAAGCGGUCAGCCUAGCUCCAAAUGACCACUUACUAUAUAGCAACCGGUCCCAGAUUAACUCUACAUUGAAAGCUUGUGAAGAUGCAUUGCAUGAUGCAGAAACAGCAUGCAGGCUCCAGCCAUACUGGUUGAAAGGUCACCUAAGGAAAGGACAAGCAUUAGCUAAUCUGGGGAAAACAGAAGAAGCUUUAAGGGAGUUUCUAUUCUGCCUUGCUCUAGAUACUGGGAACAAGACAGCCAAGUCUGAGGCACAAAAGCUUCUACUUAGUUUGUUUUCACUCAUCCCGGGAAAUGCUCAGGAACACUUACCCGAUAUCCUGCAGCUGUUGUCACAUCACUCUAGAUUAAAGGGGAAUCUCCUAAAUUCAGUGGGAUCUGGAGGCACCAGCCAUAACCUACAAAGGUUACUCAAGGUUAACGUGGAACAGAAAAAGGGUUUUUCCAUUCAAGAGGAACCAAAUGUAACUACUUCUGGUAGCUUGAGGAAAUCUAUACAAAUUACAGAGAGCAAAAAGGACUGCUCAGAGGAGGAAAACAAUUUCACCUCCAUGCCAGAGUCUACUUUUCUCAUCUCUGAGAAGUGCAGCCUCCUGAAAAGGAAGUGCUGCUCAGAGGAGAUGCGAAAUGCUGAGGUGCCCUGCAAACUGAUGAAGAAAGACAUAGUUGAUACUAGGGAAAAUAGUACUGGACAGCAUAUUCCAUUUGAAGUUGUGGAUCCAUCAGAUUUGGACUGCUCCCUGUGUAUGAGGCUCUUCUAUGAACCUGUCACUACGCCUUGUGGACACACCUUCUGUCUCAAAUGUCUGGAGAGAUGCCUGGAUCACAACCCAAAAUGUCCCCUGUGCAAGGAAGGGCUCUCAGAGUGCUUGGCUAUGAGGAAAUACUGUAAAACAGUGCUAAUGGAGGAGCUAAUAGCCAGAUAUCUUCCAGAAGAACUCACUGAAAGGAGAAAGAUUUAUGAAGAGGAAAUAGCAGAGCUUUCCAAUCUAAAUAAGAAUGUUCCCAUAUUUGUGUGCACAAUGGCUUAUCCUACAGUCCCUUGUCCUUUGCACAUCUUUGAGCCAUGUUACAGGCUGAUGAUCCGGAGGUGCAUGGAGACUGGCACCAAACAGUUUGGGAUGUGCAUCAGCGACCCUGUCAAGGGGUUUGCAGAUUAUGGCUGCAUUCUGGAGAUAAGAAAUGUUGAAUUCUUUGCUGAUGGUCGCUCUGUUGUGGACAGCAUUGGCAAGAGGAGAUUUAAGGUGAUCCAGCACAGCCAGCGUGAUGGAUAUAAUACAGCAGAUAUUGAGUACAUUGAGGAUCAAAAGGUGCAAGGACAAGAGUAUGCUGCAUUACUUGUUCUCCAUGACUCUGUCUAUGAUCAGGCUUAUACAUGGUUUAACUCCCUCAAGCAAGCACUCAAAAGUCGAAUUCUCAGUCAUUUUGGUCCAAUGCCAGCCAAGGAUCCUGACCCACAGGCUAACCCCAACGGGCCAGCCUGGUGCUGGUGGGUGCUGGCUGUCCUUCCACUUGAGAACAGAGCUCAGCUGCCGUUCCUCGCCAUGAAAUCCCUCAGAGACCGCCUGAACGGCAUCAGACGUGUCCUUACGUUCAUGUCGCGCGCCAGAUCGCGGUGAUGGUGAGGAGCAGAGCUGGGCAGCCUCCCACAGCCCCUGACUGCAGACUGCCUCUUGUAACUUCAUCUAACUGCAAUAAUGUCUUACAGAUUCGAGUGUCAGGGUGUUUCAAGCCUGAAUUUCAAAGAGAAUGAUUUAUAAAGAGCAGGGGAUGUUUAUGGAUACUUCAAUAGUUUCCAUUUGGAACUGAGAUGAGUAUUCAAUCGCUGCACUGCUAAAUUAACAACAAAUGUGAUAGAACAAAAAGUGAUCUUGUUUGCCAUAAACCUUUUAAAAAUCCUAAGGGUUUUUUAAUUUAUUUUAUUUUAUUUUUUAGUGGAUAAAGGAUAAACUGUGCAGUUUAAUGUGAAGCAGAAGUAAUAAGGUUAAUGCAUUAUUUCAGUGAACUGCAAAGUCUUUUAUUCAAAUGGUUCAGGUUUUAUAUAGCAUUGUGUAAAAUAAUGUUCACAACUUCUGUUUGAUAAUUUAUUUUUGCACUAUAAUUUUUUUUGUUUCAAAAUGUGUAUUAUUUAUGUAUUCAUUCACUAAAGGAAAGUGAGCUGCUCUAUUUAUGUUUUUACCCUGUAUUUAUGACUGGGGGCAAAAAUGAUUCUAGCAGUGCACAAGUGACUGCUUUGAUAAUUUUUCAGUUAUUUGUGUUCGGAUACUUUGAAUGUUUUUCUACUCAUCCCCAGUUCUACUCUAGCUUAAGAAUACCCCCAAAACAUCCUGCCUUGAAGUCUUUGAAUACACAGAUUGUCUGAGUUAAUUCAAGCACAGCUGUUGAAGGUUCAUCCUAUGCUUGUGGCGAGGUUCCUGAUACAACCAAACAGUCAAGCACCUGCUUAAGCAUGUGUUUAAGUGCUUGGGUAAAUUCAAGUAUUGAUGGUUGAUGUCAGUGGGAAUUGACCAUAGUGGUGACAGAAGGAAGGAUCUAUCCCCUAAUAUUUCACAGAACAGAAUAACUUGAAGUUGAAUUUAUAUCUGAACUCUUUCUUGCAAAAAUGGACAAUGGCAACAAACAACUGCGAAGAAAGAGCUGCAAUAUAUGGAAAGUGGCUUAUCCAAGAGAAAACUGGAAGUACUGGUGUCAUUUCAUUGUAGGUUAAUACAUAGAUUUUUUUUUUUCCCAUCAACUCUUGUGGCUGUUAAGAUGAGUUUUAUUUCUUUUAAUUGUUUGGCGGGAUUUGGCUUUGGAGUGUGUGUAUGGGAGGGGGAGGGGGGAGUUACUUUGAACUGUAGGACUCAGAGGGUAGUUUGUGUCACAUAAGAAGGAAUAUGUUGUAAUAAAUGCUAUUUAUUUCACCCCAAUCUUCAGGUUUCUGUUAGCUUCAAAUCUCUACCCAGGCAUUGCUUUUCUCUUAAGAGAUUGGGUAGUGUUGCUAAUAAUAGUUAUUUCCCAAGGAAAGCAAGUGAAUUUUAGCGUGAUUACUUCUAGCUAUAAAGCAGGUAAAAAUAGGGCAGAAAUGAGAACAGGAAGUAUCUUGGUUUUGAAUUUUUUUUUUAAUCAACAGUUCAUAUACUUGUUUUGCUGCUUUUAUUGCUUACAGUGUACCACUUUCUGGGACUGAUCUUACCUCCAUCUGAUUUUGACUUUCACUGAUUUCAAUGUGAGCAAAACUGGGCCUUUUAUUCUAAGCUACUGUUUUCCUUUUCAGUGGCAAAAACUAGAAUGAAGUGAGAAUGUUACGGAAUGCUAUAAAUUUCUUUGGGUUUUUUUUUUUACACAGGAUAGCACUCUGCCAUUUCAUGCCUUUAUGAAAAUAAUGCAGUAGAAUUUAAUGUCAUUUUUCUGCAUGUUUUUCCAUUAUCUCAUCAGAAAUAUUUAUUAGUUAAAAGUAGUUUCCAUAAAGCUACCUUUGUUCCCCUUUUGUUAAAUUCUGUAGAACUUUUUAAUAAGGGUACCAAAGAAACAAAUGGAAGACAAACAUGUUUCACCCUUGUGGUACACAUGGAGUCUGUAUCUUGUUUGCAUUGAGCUACUUUGGAAAUGCUGUAACUUCCUUCCAUCCUGCUGGAUUGCUGCACGUCCUCCAUGAAUGGUACUUGGCAUGCUGUAAACAAUAUAGAAAAACACCACCAUGUUCUGAACAGUACCAAGUGAUGGUGGCUGACACCUGCUAUGGCGUUUUGUCUUCAUAAGUCAACAACAAAGUGAUUUCUACUUGUUUGGAAGUGAAGCUGCAUUAAAUGCAAUUCUUCCACAAACCAUUGUGUACUAUUGCAGAGCAUAAGUGUCUCAUAUUGCUCCCACAGGAAAAAAAAGCUUCCACUUUUGUUACUUUUAUCUGUGAGAAAAGGAGCUUAAAUACCUAAUUUAAACUGUUUUCUCACUGAUGUAAUUAGUUUAUUUAUCCUGCAUGCUGUGUCUUUUACAUACUCAUUCUGCCUAUUUUGUUGUUUUAGAAACUGUCAUGGAAAGAAUCCUUAAUUUUAAAGAUGAAUAUUGUCUUUUCUGUUAGCCUUGAGUAAAGCUGCCAGAAUUUCCAAGCAGAGACUUGUGUACAUGCCCUGCAUCAUGAGCAGCCAGUGCAUUUGUUGCAGCCUGGAAACACUUGACCUACUGCAUUUAAUGCAAACAGGUGAUCUGCAUAUGCACAACAAAUCAAAAUUCCAUCUGUACAGGUACAGAAGCAUUCUCUCUGGGGCUGCUCUAUGGCCACACAUCCUAGAUUAAUGGCUAAAGUCUGCAAAUUCCAUCAGAAAUGAAAACCAAUACUGAGAAAGAUACAUGCUAGAGAACACAAACCUCUCCAGGAAAAACUGGACAAGGAGUACCCGUAGUUUUCAUUAUUUUGAGAUGGUAAAAUUUCAGUAAUGAUGUUUAAAACCAAAAAAAAAUCUAGGUAUGCCACACUAUCAUUGAUUUUUUUUUCAGUUGCAUAAGUAAGUACAAGGAUGUAAAUGCAAUGUUUAUCACAGGCAUGAAUAAACAGCUGAACAGAUUUAAAAAUACCUUCAGUUUAAUUAUAGAAAUAGCGUUGAUCAGAUAAAAUACUAAUUGGAGGAAUAUUUUAUUUAAGCUGCUCACAUUUUUCUAGGCAUCAAAUCCAGUUUUAUAACCAGUCUUGCUCAUCUGCUACAAACUAAAAACUCAACAGACCAAAUCAUGACUCAAACUUGCAUUUCCUGUGUGGUCAGAAAUAUUGAUUAAUCGUUGUGGGGGCAUAACUAAUGCAUAGGCUGCUUAGAUAGUAGUUCAGUAGUUUUAAUAAUGAAGUGAUAAAAUGGUGUGAUAGGCCUUUAUGGUAAGUCUUAAGUGGCAUUCUGGCAUUAGUUGUAAAAGAUCCUCUUGCUUUUUUUCUGUAAUUACUUGACGAGCUGCUAUCUUCCAUUACAAUGUAGCAAUAAGAGAUCCCAGCUGGCAGACUGAAGGCUGCUGUGCUGCUCGGCCUGUCCUUCUGUCCUGUAUGACUGCUUACACCUCAACCAUGGAUUUAUUAAUCCAAAGAUUGUCUUCAUCUAAAAAAAAAAGUGGAUUUGGAUGUAGCAGGUCUGUCUUAAUCUGUGC